AUGGAGCUUUUGAAUCGAAAAGACAAGACCACCUUUGAGAAAUUGGACUACCUGAUGUCUAAAGAAGAUAAUUACAAGCGGACCCGGGAAUAUAUCCGAAGCCUGAAGAUGGUUCCCAGUAUUCCCUAUCUAGGGAUCUAUCUUCUGGAUUUAAUCUACAUUGAUUCUGCAUAUCCUGCCUCGGGCAGCAUCAUGGAAAACGAACAAAGAUCCAAUCAGAUGAACAACAUUCUCCGAAUAAUCGCUGAUUUACAAGUUUCCUGCAGCUACGAUCACCUCACAACCCUGCCCCACGUGCAGAAGUACCUGAAGUCCGUACGCUACAUCGAAGAGCUCCAGAAGUUUGUGGAAGAUGACAACUACAAACUGUCACUCAGAAUUGAACCGGGAAGCAGCUCUCCGAGACUGGUCUCUUCCAAGGAAGAUCUCGCAGGCCCCUCCGCUGGCUCCAGUUCUGCGAGGUUCAGCCGGCGGCCCACCUGUCCUGAUGCAUCUGUUGCUGGCAGCCUCCCCACGCCCCCUGUCCCGAGACACAGGAAGAGCCACAGCCUGGGAAACAAUAUGAUGUGUCAGUUGAGUGUAGUUGAGAGUAAAAGUGCGACAUUCCCAUCGGAGAAAGCGAGGCACCUGCUGGACGACAGUGUCCUAGAGUCCCGCAGCCCCCGCAGGGGCCUCGCCCUCACCUCCUCCUCUGCCGUCACCAAUGGACUCUCCCUAGGCAGUAGUGAGAGCUCAGAGUUUAGUGAAGAGAUGUCUUCAGGGCUGGAAAGCAGGGGACGUCUCUAUGCCACGCUAGGGCCCAACUGGCGGGUACCAGUUCGGAAUUCUCCCAGAACCCGGAGCUGCGUCUACAGCCCCACAGGCCCGUGCAUCUGUACGCUGGGGAGCUCAGCCGCAGUGCCCACCAUGGAGGGUCCUCUGAGGAGGAAGACUCUGCUCAAGGAAGGACGGAGACCCGCGCUGUCCUCGUGGACCAGGUACUGGGUCAUACUCUCGGGAUCCACCCUCCUGUACUACGGAGCCAAGUCCUUGCGGGGCACAGACAGGAAACACUAUAAAUCCACACCCGGCAAAAAAGUCUCCGUCGUGGGCUGGAUGGUGCAGCUGCCUGACGACCCCGAGCACCCGGAUAUCUUCCAGCUGAAUAACCCCGACAAAGGCAAUGUUUACAAGUUCCAGACGGGUUCCCGGUUUCAUGCAAUAUUGUGGCACAAGCAUUUGGAUGACGCAUGUAAAAGCAACAGGCCUCAGGUACCUGCAAACCUUAUGUCAUUUGAAUAAGUCUCUGCAGGACUUGGCGUGACUUCAGAGGCUUCUGAGAGCCCAGCCUGGGACUGGUGGCGAAGCGCAUGUCCUGGGCACAGGCUUUUGGCCAGGAUGCUGGGUGACUCACGGCCGGACUCAAGGGGACUUGGCCUGUGGCCUCACAGUCCAGAGGGCUCCGCCAGUGCAGGGUCCACCUGCCAAUCCCCAGCGACUCUCAUGACAUUCUUCAGCACCACCCCGCAGGGCCGUGGUUGGGCCCCAGACUGUGCACUCCACCCUCCCUCUCUGGGCCCUCGUCCGUCCACCAGCUGCUGCUUCGACUAGAGAGCAUCCGGCCCACGUUGGGUCUCCUGUGCUUUCUCCUGCACAAGAGUGGACAGUGUUAACCUGCAUGAGGGGCCAGAGAGAAGGAACAGGCUAUGGAGUUGGCUUUUUAUACCCCAAGUGCACGGGGUCGCUCGCCCACAGGGCUGCCUCAGAUUUUGUACAACCCCCAAAGCGUCCUCUGCGUGUGCGUGCCGUAUACGUGUGCGUGCGAGCGAGUGUGAACUCUUCAUGAAACAUGCAUUUUGGCACAAGACUUGUGACAUCACAUCCUUCAUUCGCUUUGAGGCCCUGCUUUAACCUGACAUGAUAGCCUUGUCCACUGAGGAAGGUCAGAGUGAGAGCCCAGAUUCCUCCUAUGUUAAGGGUUCCUUGCAUUCUUUUACUGUAAACAAACAAUGCCU